GUGUUUUGACGCAGUUUUGACAUAUUGAAAUGUCUUUGUUUUGAUUUUAAAUAGCAAAUAGCUUUCAAAAUAGAAAAUUGAUAAGACACCUGAUUUCUACGAAUUUUUCUCAUAUAUUUUGUAGAUACGAUAGGUUGGCUGUUGUAAUCUAGGAUUGCAUCAUGCAUUAUCCUUGCUGUUGCAAAAACGUGAUCAUAUGAUCCCACUUUAUUCAUUUUUAGGAAAUAAUUCAUUAAUAUUAUUUAACAAUGUAUAGAAAAAGUAGUUAAAUGUGGUUCACAGGAAACCAAUUGACCUCUUAUUCGACCAGUGCCCUGAGUCUUUGCAGAAAAUAAUCAUUAAACCAAGAAGUUUCUGCAUAGACCAAUUCAUAGAAAUGAUACAAAAGGUGAUAAUAUCACUACUGAUUUUCCUCUGUGCAACCCAGUAUUCUCUAGGUUCAAUACACCAAAACCUGCGAUAUUUUGAAACAAUACAUGCCGAUGACUUGGCGCACAAAAUAGUAAAACGAGGCUUAAAAGAAAGCUCCCAUCCUUACAACCACAUAAAAGAAGUGCAUCUUCAUACACAUGGUCGUGACUUUCGACUGAUCCUAACUCCUAAAACUGACAUUUUGCAUUCCAACUUCAAAGCCUACGCUGUAGAUGGGGAUGGAAAGGAAACAACAGUUCAUGUGGAUAGAGACUCAUUUCUCCAUGGAAGGGUUUUCGGAGAACUUGAGUCUCAUGUCAAUAUGCACUUGGAUGAGGGAGUCAUGACAGGAAGCAUACAUUUGCCAGAUGAUGUGUACCACAUAGAGCCAUCUUGGAGACACUUAUCUGACUUUGACAACAAAACAAUGAUCACAUACAAACAGUCUGACGUGAAAUUCAGCUGGGACCAUCCCGGUGAAAAUGAAGAGGAACCCAGACCAAAAAUAUGCGGAUAUGUCAAAGAAGGAGCUGAACUAGAGACAGAUGACGAUGAUGAGGAUUAUGAAAGAGAUAAAUGGACAGCAGACCAACAUCACCGCGAGAAAAGGCAAAUUGAUCAGUAUGAGUAUACACCUACAAAGACCAGGUGUCCAUUGUUAUUGGUGGCGGAUUAUAGGUUCUUUCAAGAAAUGGGUGCUAGCAAUACCAAGACUACCAUCAAUUAUCUUAUAAGUUUGAUCGAUCGUGUGCACAAAAUUUACAACGAUACGAGCUGGCAGGAUAGACAAGAAGUAGAUGGGUUCAAAGGUAUGGGCUUUGUUAUCAAAAAGAUCGUGGUACACAGCGAUCCUACACGUAUAAAAAGCGGCGAGGCUCACUACAAUAUGAUCAGAGACAAGUGGGACGUUAGGAAUUUGCUGGAGGUAUUCUCCAGAGAUCCCCAGCACCAAAAUUUCUGUUUGGCGCACCUGUUCACCCACCAAACCUUUACAGCUAGUAAUUCUGUAGUUCUAGGCUUGGCUUACAUAGCAUCGCCUAGAAGGAACACCCAAGGAGGCGUCUGUAGCAAGGAAUACUUUAAAAAUGGUUACACCCUCUAUUUAAACUCGGGACUGAGUUCUAGCCGUAACCAUUACGGGCAACGUGUUAUCACUAGGGAGGCAGAUCUAGUGACCGCGCAUGAAUUCGGUCACAAUUGGGGUUCAGAACAUGAUCCUGAUAUUCCAGAAUGUUCACCUAGUGCCAGUCAAGGUGGUUCCUACCUUAUGUAUACGUACAGUGUUAGCGGAUACGAUGUCAAUAAUAAGAAAUUUUCACCGUGUAGUUUGAGGUCGAUCCGUAAAGUGUUACAAGCCAAAUCAGGCAGAUGCUUCUCAGAACCGGAAGAAAGCUUCUGUGGUAACUUGAGGGUCGAAGGUGACGAAGAAUGUGAUGCUGGUUUACUUGGCACUGAAGACAACGAUGCCUGCUGCGAUAAAGAUUGCAAGCUACGGCCUAAAGCUAUGUGUAGGUGAGUUGGACCGUAUUGGAAUAGGUCUGGGCAAUUUUCGGUUAAAAAUUGAUUGCGCGCUGGCCGAGCAUUGUUCUAUUGUUCUUGAAUCUUAAAUCUUUCAGUGACAAGAACUCGCCCUGCUGUCAGAACUGUCAAUUCGUACGCGCCGGCGCGAAAUGCAGGGACGCCCAAUACGCGACUUGCGAACAGGAAUCUAGAUGCACUGGGCAACAGGCCGACUGUCCACGGAGUCCGCCCAUGGCAGACAAUACCGAUUGUCAGGAAAGAGGAAAGUGCAAGGCUGGGAAAUGCGUGCCAUUUUGCGAGACUCAAGGGUUGCAAAGUUGCAUGUGUGACAUCAUUGAAAGUGCUUGCAAAAGAUGCUGUAGGUCGAACAUCAACGAAACAUGUUCACCAGUCGACUCUGCUGACAUCUUGGCCGAUGGAACGCCAUGCAUACAAGGAUUUUGCAAUAACGGACAUUGCGAGAAAACAGUGCAAGAUGUAGUCGAACGAUUCUGGGACAUCAUAGAAGAUAUAAACAUCAACAAAGUACUACUUUUCCUACGAGAUAAUAUUGUUGGUACUGUUGUAUUGGUUACUGCAUUGCUUUGGAUCCCAGCUAGCUGUGUGAUUGGAUACGUUGAUAGAAAACGUAGAAGAGAGGCAUCUGAAAGGUGGGAAUGGCGAAAUAAAUCUGACCUGAUACAUCCCGCAGAUGACAUUAGACAUGUGAUACAUUUGAGAGUACCAAACAAAUCGAGAGGUGCGACUCAACAAUCUAACAGAGUGGUGCCAGAAUAAAUUUUAAUUGAUUAUGUGAUAUUUUGGGGAAGGUGUCUUUUAUGUGAUCUCAAGUACCAUAAGCAAAAACCAAGUUUUUUUGUGAAUUGUUCUGUUGAGAUAUUUAAGUGUAAAGUAGUGUAUGUUAAAAAUGCUUCCAAGUUUUGCGAAACUCCGCCAUAUCUACCAAUUCGUCUAUUUCUAGGGACUAGUGAACUAUGGCUUUUCUAAACUCAGAUUGUGUCAUAUCUUAUUUGUUUCCUCGCAUAAACUAAGGCGCAUUAACCUUGACACACUAGCAGAUCUAGGUGGUAUGUUACCAUUACUUAACAUAAUUAUGUUGUGUACCUGUAAGAAUAUGGAUUCGUGAUAGCAAGUACUUAAUAUAUAACAUAUUUAUUCGUUAAUAAAUGUAUUUGUACUUAA